AUGGCGACCAUGCCGUUCGUCAGCGAGGGAAAGUGUGUGAGCGUGGAGUGGGACUUCCUACAGGGACUACUGGCCAAACCCCCCACCCUGCCCUGUUUGCAGAACCUGCGGAAGGAGAAGUCUCGUAAUGCCGCUCGUUCCCGUCGCGGCAAGGAGAACUUUGAGUUCUUUGAGCUGGCCAAGAUGCUGCCUCUCCCCGGGGCCAUCACCAGCCAGCUGGACAAGGCCUCGGUCAUCCGUCUCACCAUCAGCUACUUGCACAUGUGCACCUUCGCCAGCCAGGGAGACCCGCCCUGGUGCCCCCUGCUGGAGGGAGAGAACCACUGCAGCAAAGUGCGACGCUCCUCCCACUCUCUGGCCACUGACAUGUUUGAACAGCACCUGGGAGCACACCUGUUACAGUCUCUGGACGGCUUUGUGUUUGUGGUAAGCUCGGAGGGACGAUUCCUCUACAUAUCAGAGACUGUUUCCAUCUACCUGGGCCUCUCACAGGUGGAGUUGAUGGGCAGCAGUGUGUUUGACUACAUCCACCCAGCGGACCAUGUGGAGAUGGCUGAGCGUCUGGGCAUCAGGCCCCACCUGAGGGCCGAGGCUGGCUGCCACGUGGCCCCUGAGAGCGCUUCCAGCUCUGCCUCCACAUCCUCCCUGGCAGGGACCCCUGAGCCUGCCCCCUCAAGCCCUCUCUCUCCAGGGAACGAACCGCCUGACCGAGGCUUCUUCAUCCGUAUGAAGUCCACCCUCACCAAGAGAGGCCUCCACGUCAAGUCCUCGGGCUACAAGGUGAUCCAUGUGACUGGGCAAAUCCGCUGUCGCCCUGCCAUGGUGCCAGGCUCCGCCCGCUCGGUGCGUCGGCCAAUGGGCUUGGUGGCCCUUGCGCACACGCUCCCUCCCUCCACGCUGAACGAGGUGCGCAUGGAGAGCCAAAUGUUUGUCUUCAGGGUCAACAUGGACCUGCAGGUCACCUACUGCGAGAACAGGAUCUCAGAGUACAUGGACCUGAGCCCGGCAGAGGUGGUGGGACACACCUGCUACCACUUCAUCCAUGUAGAAGACCUGGAUAACAUCAGACAGAGCCAUGAGGACUUGUUGAGGAAGGGUCAGGUGGUGACCGGGUACUACCGCUGGCUCCAGAGGAGAGGGGGUUAUCUGUGGGUCCAGUCCUGUGCCACCGUCUCCAUCAACCACAAAGCCCCCCACGAACGCAACGUCAUCUGGGUCAACUACGUCAUCAGUCGAACAGAGCUCCCAGACACUCCCCUGGAUCUGCUGCAGCUCCCAGAGAGUCUGAGGGCGGAGCGUCUGAAAGCCAGCUCCUCCCCUUCGGAACUCUCGCCACAAGCCCGGGGCUCCCCAGGUCCACAGCCAAUGAAAAGCUCUGUGUGUAAAGGUGACCCUGACUCUAAACUGAGAGAGAUCUAUAAUCCCGGAGUCCAGUCAGGGGACAGGAGGAAGCGUCCGCUGCGGUCUGACUCUGAAGGCGCUCCCCCGGAAACGCGGCGUCGCCUGGAAGAGUUCCGCCAGAGAGAGGGGAGUGUGUCCGCCUCCUCAGACCUGGGCAGUGAGAGCGAGGGAGAGGAGAGAGCGUGGGAGCAGGGGGGAGAUAGCGCGAGGGUCAAACGAGAGGAGGGGCCUUCGAAACAAGGUGGGGAGACCCCAGUGAGGGGCGAAAGGGGUGGCAGGGUGCACAACGGUCGUGCGGUAAUCCAGCACCUUAAGAGUGUAGUGUCCUCGCCUCUCUCUGGUCCCCACAACAUCAAGACUGAACAUGAGGCACUGGCUGCAGGGGGUCGCUGGACACACACACACACCUCUUCACACACACAACCCCCACCCUCGCACACACACACCCCCUGCGGCAGCCUGAACGGCGACAGUCCCCCGACCCCUAUCCCAGACUCCUCCUCCAGCAGUGAAGCCCCACCCAAAGGUAUUUUCACCCCGCCCUCCCCCGCCAUGUCUCCUCCCAUGUCCGGCUCCUCCCCUCUACCCUGUGAGGAGCGGGGAAUGUUGUCUGGAGGCCGGGGGGGCGGGCCUGACUUUGAGCUGUUGCAGAGACUGGCAGCGGGGGGUGCUGCAGGACGGGUGCUCUUCCACCCCCUGACCCUCGGCCCCCAGGGGCCACAGAGCCUGUACGCCCCCAGUACCAUCCGCUAUGCGCCCCCAGAGCUGCCCCCCUCUCACCCCGGUGCUGAGGGGCUGCGCUCCGACCACCACAAGGGACCUCCAGCCUUCUUCCCCCACCUCCAGAGGCUGGCCGGCCUGCCCUCCUUCAGUGGGUUCUCUGCCUCGGACAAUCCCUUCAACCCCUUCUGUAUGAACGGACUGAGGGGGGCCGCAGGGUCCGAGGAGGACUGA